AUGGCGAUCACCUCCGUUCAACGCAUAGUGCAAGAGCGCACCCUUCCAUCAGACCAUCCUCUCCCACCACCACGAAUUUAUCCUGCCCCGGACUUUCCCUUCAAAGGAUGGCAGCCUGCUCAGCCGGAAGGCUACAGGCAGAGUGCCGCAAAUCCCUCCGAAAACGCCAUAGUCAUCGAUAAUGGUGCCAGCACAGUCAAGGCAGGGUUCUCCUUCGACAAGAAGCCUCGAUUUCUCGUCCCGCCGAUCAUGGCCAAAUACAAGGACCGAAAGUUCAACAAGUACUGCGCUUUCGUCGGCUGGGAUGCGUAUGCGGACGCGACGACCCGAGGUCAGAUUCGGCAGGCAUUCGAAACACAUACUAGCAUUCCCACAAAUUGGGACAUCAUGGAGGGUGUGUUUGACUACAUCUUCCUCAAGCUCGGAGUGGACGAGCAGGGUAGUGUUGGGAGACCCAUAGUCAUCACUGAGCCGGUCGCCAACUUUGGCCAUAGUCGGAGGAUGCUCAACGAGAUGAUGUUCGAAUGCUACCAAGCGCCGAGUGUGACUAUGGGCAUAGACAGUCUUUUCUCCUACCGGUAUAACAAAGGCAAUUCCGGCAUAAUAGUGUCUUCGUCGCACACAUCGACUCACAUCAUUCCUGUCCUGGACAAGAAACCCAUUCUGCAGUCCUGCGCACGAUUGAACUGGGGCGGCUCACAAUCGCACGAAUUUCUCCACAAACUGAUCAGACUGAAGUAUCCGAAUUUCACAGGCAAAAUGACAUACGAGCAGACGGAGCAGUACGUCAAACAAUUUUGCUAUCUUUCCAAGGACUUUGAUCGAGAAAUGUCAACUUUCUUGGACUGGUCGGGACUCGAGGAGGAGCGCAACGUCAUUAUUCAGUACCCUUACACUGAGCAAGUCGUCAUCGAGAAGUCACCUGAAGAGCUUGCACGGAUCGCAGAGAGGAAGAAGGAAUCCGGUCGGCGUCUUCAGGCACAAGCUGCAAAGAUGCGCUUGGAGAAGCUUGUGAAGAAGGAGAAGGAUCUAGCGGACUAUCAGAAGCUAUACGCGGCCUACACCGAUGCGCCCACGAAGAAGGAGCAGAGGCGGCUGUUGGACACCGAAGACCUCAAAGACGAAGCUGCCCUGGAAAGACGCAUUCGCGACCUGGACAAAUCGAUAAAGAAAUCCAGAAACAAAGACCUGGGCGAACCCGAGGAAGAGGAGAAGCUGGAGGACCAGCUCAACAAGUUCCCACUCCUCGACACGCCCGACGACCAGCUUGAUGACAUCGGCUUGAAGGAGAAACGCCAUCAGAGACUCAUGAAAUCAGGCGUUGAAGCGAGAAUUCGUGCAAAAGAAGAGAAGGAGCGCGAGCGAGCCCGCAUCGCCGAAGAGGAGCGUCUCGAUCAAGAGCAUCGUCAAAAUAAUCCUGAGGAUUGGAUCAAAGGCAGAAGAACCCAACGGGAGAAUCUACUGCUCAAAAUCAAGGAGCAGGCUCGACUCAAGGCUGACUCGGGGAACCGCAAGGGCGUCGCCUCUCAGGCGCGAAUGAAGGCAUUGGCGAAUUUAGCAUCAGAUGGGCCAAAGCGCAAGCGGCGUGGAGGCGGCGACAAUGAUGACGAUUUCGGCGCGGAUGACCAGGAUUGGGAUGCAUAUCGAGAUGUCGCGAAAGAAGACGCCAGCGACGAUGAGGAGCCUGAGGAGGAUCCUUUAGCUCAGCUCAAGGCUGUAGAGAGCGAGCUUCUCCAAUAUGACGAUUCGUUCUCUGAAAAGGAUACAAUUGAGGCUCAGAACGAUUGGACCAAGAGCUUGAUGCACGCCUUCCUUAGAGGCGCUCGUCCCUUUGAUGGAGAAAGUCAACGCGAGUUCAACCAGGUCCAUCUCAACGUCGAGCGAAUCCGAGUCCCCGAAGUCACAUUCCAACCGAGCAUUGCGGGAGUCGACCAGGCGGGCAUAGUAGAGAUCAUCGAGGGAAUCGCCAUGAGCCGUUUCUCGGACCCGGCACAGCAGCGUGCUCUGCUGCAAGACAUUUUCCUUACGGGCGGCAAUACUUCCUUCCUUACCUUCGAGGAAAGACUAGCCCGAGAAAUGAGGGCUGUAAUUCCAUCGGCAUACGACAUCAAUGUCCGCAAGGCCGCAGACCCCAUUCUUGAUGCAUGGAGAGGGGCGGCGGGCUGGUGGAGCUCAACUCCGGCGUCUGAUCGACACAUCGCGACGGUGACCAAGGAGGAGUAUGCAGAGAGAGGCAGUGAUUACAUCAAGGAACACGACCUGGGGAAUUCACUGGCUCCGUCGACGCUCACUUUCGGUGGAUGA